GCAGAAAAUUUACUGACUGGUUACAAGAAAGUCGAUGACAAUUCUAAUUUUUCCCAGAAAAUAAAUGAGAAAAAGAAAAAUAAGAGCAAGGAGAAAGAAAAGGAAGAAAAUCCACCGGAGAAGUCUGGAAAAAAAAAGUCCAAGUUUGUUAAUAUUUUUUCUGAUGAUGGCAAGGAUAAAUUUACCGUCAUGUUAAAGAACAGGCACAAGUGCGACUGUGAAGCGAAGAACCAUUGUCUAGUGAACAAUUGUCUCAAUUGUGGAAGAAUCGUUUGCGCGCAAGAAGGUCCGGGGCCGUGUUUUUUUUGUAAUGAACUUGUUUGUACUCCAGACCAGCAAGCCAUUCUUGCAAUGCAGACUAAGCAGUCA